AUGGACUCUAGUGUGCCCCUCGUCCUUAUGCUGCUCAUGUGCAGUUCAGUCAUGGUCAAAGCCCAGCUGAAGGUGUAUGAUCUGCGAGCCACUGAUCUUCCCACCGUUAUCUUGUUAACUACAGAUGCCUAUGUCACGGUGUCCUCCGGUUCUACUUCUCUGGGUAAAACAUCUGUUCGCUACAAUGACGCGAACCCCUGGUGGGAAGAGGAAUUCUCCUACUUCUAUGCUGAGGAAAAUGACAUGCUGACUCUCGAGGUUUGGGACUUGGACUUGCUCUUUGAUGAUCAGCUGGGAGUCUGCAGGAGGGAGCUCAAGGUGGGAACCUAUCAGCAUGACUGCUUCCUGACCAAAGGCGGGACUCUCCAUUACACUUAUACUCUUGGUUGA